AUGAAUGGUAGAAUAUCACCAGAUCCGCCGACUACCCAGGCUGGAGACUCUGGUAAGGACGAAUCGACCUUGGUGGGCAGCAACGACUCCACCGCGAACCACGACCCCAGCGAGAUCAGGCUCAAAUCAUCACCACCUCGACCGAAAUCGGCUGGAAAAGAUGUUUCGUCAGAUCUGAACGAGGUCAAAGCACAGGAGGAGGGCUCGAAGGUCAAUGGCGACGAAGAUGGCGUGGAUUCCGAGGCAGAAACGCUCAUUGACAGUCCUGUGAAGAGGCAGCAAGCCGAGCGGCGGCGGAGCAAUGCGGCCAAAAUGGAGCGGCCACCCAAGCAUCGCAUAGGAAGCCUGCCGGUGCCGACUGGUAACGAUGACGAGGACGAUUCUGCGAAUGUGUCGCCGGCGCCCAGCACCGCCAUGAGCGUGGAAAAGACGACUUCGACGGAAGAUUUGAAGGAUGUGAAUAUGGACAACAUGGGCGAUGACAAGGACGACGACAGCGACUCACUCAGCUCGCCGCGCAGCAACGCAUCGAACCCAGCUUCUCGCAGGUCUUCAAUGUCGCGUGCCGCAUCUGAGAGGCCUGGACUUUCUCGUAAUGACCAGCACUCGCCAAAUCCACGCAAACGCAAGCACCGCGCAUCAUCAGUCAGUCUUCCGAAUAAGCGCCCGAGUAUUGACAUUCCUAAGCGUCGGCUUCGCGGAUUGCACUCUGAGGAGCUGGGCCGACACGACGAGUCGUUAUCGCCCAAGCUUAGAAGUCACAGGCGUGCUGUAUCGACUCAAUCUGCGUUCACGGAUGGGAUAGGAGAGGCUUCCGGGAACAGGAAGCGCCGAGCUGGUACACAAGGACUUGGAAAAGAGCCCAAGUCGGCCCGAUCUGGAUGGGAAGAGUCCGAUGCUUCCUCGGAAGCCACGUCCCAUGGCAAUCCUGACUCUAGACGGCCGCAGAGGGGCGUGGGCAGGUCGACGUCAACUCCAGGCAGACCGGUAGGAAGGGAGCACAAGCGCCAUGUCAACAAGUACGGCUUCACCCGUCUGGCAGAGGCUUGUGAGAACGGUGAUUUGGAUCUGGUGAAAGACUGGUGUGAGAAGGAUCCUGACCAGUUGGAACUUGCAGAGUUCGCGGGCAACAAACCUCUGCAAAUCGCGGCAUUGAAUGGUAAUGUCGAAGUGGUGGACUAUCUUAUCGACCAAGGAUGCCAGAUUGACUGCGCAAAUGUCGACAAAGACACACCGCUUAUCGAUGCCGCCGAGAAUGGACACCUGGAAGUCGUCAAUAGCUUGCUGAAUGCAGGCGUGGAUCCUUUGCGGCAGAACCUGAAAGGGCAGCAAGCGUUGGACGUUGUGACAGACGAAGUCGACGAUGCCGAGGAAAUUCGUGCCACACUGCGAAAGGCUAUAGAGAAGUGGAACAGUACUGGCGCAAAGCAGAAGCGCGAAGAGGCAGAGGAGAUGCGACACCGAGCCGGACCAUCCAAAGAGCUGCAUUUCAUGGCGCGCACCUACGAAAAUCUUCUCAGACUCGUGCAGAUUAACGAUCGCACGGGAGUCCGAGAGUUUCUGGAUGCUCGGGUGCCUGUCGACAACGCCGUGGUAGCGGCAGCCGCCAAGACUGGAGAUACUUACUUGGUCAACAUGCUAUUGGCAGAAAUGACAGAGAAGAAAGCUCACCAAAAAGCUGAAAAGCCGCUACUUGGAGUUUUGGGCAGCUCACACUUCGAAAUGGUCAAAUCGCUCACUGAACUGGACAACUUCAACCCUCUCUUUCGCAAUAGGCAGCAAAAGACGUGGCCGGAAAUUGCAGAAGAGCGACACGGUCCAAACUGGCGACAGGAAUACGAACUUCUACAGCGUCUCUACGAUCAGGCUGCAUCGCUCAAAGAGCGCCGCAGCUCAAGCCCUGUCACUAAGAGAGACAGCGGCAAGCGACGAUUCGUCCAUCGUGCUGAGGAAGAGGACAGCGAGGAGGAAGAGGCACCCAAGCGUCGCAAUAAUCGCAAGUUGAUGUCUAAGCGAGAGCAGAGAGAAUUGAGAGCUGCUAGAGGGAAGCCAACAUCUGAUGAGUCUUCUGACGAGUCCAGCUCAGAGCAAGCGACUGGCGCCGAAGCUGCUGAGGAGAAGUCUAUGAAGCCUCCUGAGAGUCCUGCAUCGAAGCGUACACCACCUACGCGCUCGAGGACCAAGAGCCUAUCUGCGCAAGCACCAGAGCCUUCGCCACGAACACGAAGACGGUCUUCAUCAGUGCGAGGGGCGGGCGACAAUCUAUUGCCGACUGUCCAGGAAAAUACUGAGGAAAAGGAAGCCGCUGAGAGACAGAAGGAAGAGGAGCAGAAGAGAGUCGCUGAGGAGGCGGAACAGGCUCGAUUGGCAGAAGUCCGGCGUAAAGAGCAGGAACAGGCCGAAGCUGAAGCCGCCGCCAAGCGCGCUGCUGAAGAAGAAGAGGCUCGGAGGAUGGAAGAGGAACGCAAGGCAGAGGAAGCCCGUCGCAUCGAGGAAGAGCGCAAAGCCCAGGCAGCUAGGGACGCCGAGGAGGAGCGCAUCCGCAAGCAACGAGAAGCGGAAGAAGCAAAGCGUGCCCACCGGAAAGAAGUCGUCGCCUCCCUACCCAACCCUAUCGCCCAUGUCCUGAGACCGGAUUCAGGUUUCGACUACAGCAGCAGCGACCUGAAAGAUCUGACGUACAUCAUCAGACUCCUCACACCUCUGCAGGUCAUCAAGCACGAGUAUGGCGGCCCAUAUGCGCACUUACCCGCUAGUGACGACGCGCCUUUCUGGGUCAUGAACGUGCAGGUGGCUCCACUGCUUGACAAGCGAGGUGCUGAGUUGAUGAUCAGCAGCGAAAAGCCGGGGUACGAAGGCAGCCUCGCAGACACAUGGGAGACGAAAGAAGUGCAGGAGAAAGAGGUCAACCUGGUGAUAUCGCUACUCUCGAAUGGCUCGCAAGCAUUACCGGACGAGCCAAAGGUGCCCAAGGACAAAGCCGGAAAUUCGCUCCUAUCCUGGCAAGAGGAGCUUGAGCGAGCCUCGAAGGUGCAGAAAGCCUCAAUAGACGCGAAGAAGAGACUUCGUGAGGGAGCUGCCAAGUUACGCUACGUCCGCCUCGACGAUGUUCUCAAGAACUUGCACCCACUUCUGCAGCAAGUCAACAUCGAGGUGAGGUUCGACCACCUCAAGCCUGCACCAAGUCCAGUCAAAGACGAGGGAGGGUUCUUUGGCCGCGUGGGCAGCGCCAUCAACCGCAAACCAGUGCCCAGGACGUAUGUCAACGGCACGCCAAUCGAUCUGAAAUCACCCGUCACAGCGACGGGCACCACGCAGGUCACGGUCAUUCAUCCAAAGAAGUAG